UGGUGUCGUACCGGAAGUGAGUUCAGCAUGGUUUCAGAGCAGGGAGUAGAGUAGUUUGUACAGUUUAAAAUUUUUAUGUACAAUGGACAACUCUAAGGCUGGAAAAUGGGACAGUUUGUCCGUGAAACUCAACGAAAACAUACUACAGACACUCGACGAGUUGAAAUUCACACAUAUGACUCCAGUACAGGCGGCUUGCAUACCACUCUUCAUGAGUAAUAAAGAUGUUGCUGCCGAAGCGAUCACUGGCAGUGGCAAGACUCUAGCUUUCGUGAUUCCGAUUCUGGAGAUUCUUCAAAAACGUGAGGAAAAACUAAAGAAGCUGCAGGUUGGAGCGCUGAUCAUCACACCAACUCGAGAACUGGCUUUACAAAUUAGUGAAGUGAUGGAGCGUUUCUUGCAAAGAUACCCUCACUUGAGACAGAUUCUUUUGAUCGGAGGCAACAAUCCCAUUGAGGACGUGGAGAAGUUUACGAGCCAGGGGGCCAACAUCAUCGUGGCCACCCCUGGCCGCCUGGAGGACAUGUUCCGCAGGAAAGCUGACGGCUUGGACCUGGCCGGGUGCGUCAAAACCCUGGACGUUCUGGUUCUGGACGAAGCAGACCGCCUGCUGGAUAUGGGCUUCGAAGCCAGUCUGAACACCAUUCUGGGUUACCUGCCUAAACAGCGGCGUACCGGCCUGUUCUCCGCCACCCAGACACAGGAAGUGGAGAAGCUGGUGAGGGCGGGGCUUCGGAACCCUGUGCGAGUCACGGUGAAGGAGAAGGGCGUGGCCGCCAGCAACUCCCAGAAGACGCCAGCCAGGCUGAGCAACUAUUACACCAUGUGCAGAGCAGAGGACAAGUUCAACACUCUGGUGGCGUUUCUACGGCAACACAAACACGAGAAACAGCUGGUGUUCUUCAGUACGUGUGCGUGUGUGGAGUACUUUGGUGCGGCCCUGGAGGUGAUGGUGAAGAAGGUUCCCGUCCUCUGCAUCCACGGCAAGAUGGACAAGAAGGACAAACGCAGCAAGAUCUUCUCAGAGUUCCGCCAGCUCAAGAGUGGGAUUCUGGUGUGUACGGAUGUGAUGGCGCGAGGCAUAGACAUCCCAGAUGUGCACUGGGUACUGCAAUACGACCCGCCCAGCAGUGCCAGCUCUUUCGUCCAUCGGUGUGGUCGAACGGCUCGUAUUGGUAAUCAUGGCAACGCCCUGGUCUUCCUGUUGCCCAUGGAGGAGUCCUAUGUCAACUUCCUGUCCAUCAACCAGAAGUGUCCUCUCCAGCGGCUGCCUCCAGUGAAGGACGUGGUGGACGUGCUCCCCAAGCUGAAGGCGCUCUCCCUGGGCGACCGCGCCGUCUUCGAGAAGGGCAUGAGGGCCUUCGUCUCCUGCAUACAGGCCUACGCCAAACACGAGUGCAGCCUCAUCUUCAGGGUCAAAGAUCUGGACUUCUCUGCGCUGGCUCGCGGCUUCGCGCUGCUCUGCAUGCCCAAGAUGCCGGAGCUGAGGGGGCGGAGCUUCCCAGAGUUCGAGGAGGAUGCGGUGGACACGGACGCGAUCCGCUUCAAGGAUAAGAACCGGGAGAAGCAGCGGCAGAAGAGGCUAGCGGAGCUGCGGGAGAAUCCCAAGACCCCACGCAAACACCUGGUGAAGAACAAGAGCUGGUCCAAGCAGAAGACACGGACGGAGAGGAGGAGAAAGAACGCCGCCAAGAGGAAACGAGGAGAGGGGUCUGACGUUGAGGACGGGGACAUGGAUGAGCUGCUGAGUGACACUCGUCUCCUGAAGAAGCUGAAAAAGGGCAAAAUCAGCACAGAGGACUUUGACGACCAGAUGGCAGGACGAGACUCUUAGAGGAGGCCAUGUUGACGAGGACAUGGAGGGGGACGGGACUCGUAGGGGAGGACCAUGGAGCCUGGACAUGAAGCAGAGAGCAGCAAGGAGAGGCCACGAAACACACACACACACACACACACACACACAUGGAGCGGAGAGCAGCCAAGAGAGGACAAGACAUACACACACACACACACAUACACACGCACACACACAAAGCUGCACAGAGCGGACGGGCCUACCAUCUUGACUGUGUGUCAACUGGAGUCUGUGAAUGUUCGUGUCGCCUGUGGGUAGUGACUGUGUUUUCUGGCCGAGGCCUCCCUUUUUGGAAACGGGUAAAGAGAGAGAAGGUGACCUUUCAUUGGUCAAAGCAGGUUGAGGGAGAGAGAAGGUAAGCUCUCAUUGGUCAAAGCAGGUAGAGAGAGAGAAGGUGACCUCUCAUUGGUCAAAACUGUCUGGAACCACGUCAGAGACACAAUGAAACUCCUGAUGAAAUCUGUGUAAAAAAGGAUCAACUUUUGCCAAAAUGAAACUGUUUCAAAGUAUGGAUGUCAUACACUGUUGUAGAAUGUCUGCAACAGUAGAACUGAGUAUUUUCUUGGCCGUGCCGGUCAGGUCUCGCUGGCGGUAAUUCGCCUGUAGAGAAUAGGCCUCACCUGGGUAUCACCUGCCAACCUCCAGAAGAGGUAUUCUUUAGUCCUAAUGAACAGACCCUGUAUUGUAUAAUUAAAGUGUCUAUUGUUUGUAACUUUGUUUACAAUAAAUGUUAAAAUGUACAGUA